UACAUCUCUCUCUCUCUCUCUCUCUCUCUCUCUGGCCUCUGCUUUUUACAGACCUGUCUGUUUGCGUUCGCUGGUUACCUCUCUCAGCUUUUCUCUUCUUAUAGCCCAUAUUUGGAAGCUAUAAGUGCUCCUCUCUGUCAUAUAACCCGAGUACUCUGUAUCUUCGUUCUUCCCUAUUUCACCUUCUUUUAGCACCUCGUAACGACCGAGGAGUUUGCUAUCUCAAAAUUGAGGUUGUUUUGCUUCAACAACCAAGAUUUUCUCCAAUCUGUUUCUUCCGUUUUGAUUCGGGAUUCAUAGUAUUGGUUUGACAAGAAAAGCUUUAGAACUCUCUGCAAAACAUUUUUGAGUUUCGGAAGAUAAAAAGAGUGAAGAUGACGAAACAGAAUGUGAUAGUCUCCGAUAAGAAAUCUGGUCUCAACAUGUCAAUAACUAUGGCCAUGUCGAAAUCUUCUAUUUUAACGAUGACGGCACAGAAGCCGGGAGGAUACAUUUCCUUUUCGACGACGGAGCUUCUGAAGAACCUUGAGAUCAAUGGUGAAGGAAGAAUAAACGCUUGGGUUGAGUCAAUGAGAGCUUCUUCUCCUACCCAUAUCAAAUCCACACCUUCUUUGGCCGAUCAUGACCGGAGGAGUUCUUGGACUGUUUCUCAUCCAUCAGCCUUGGACAUGUUUGAGCAAAUCAUUGAUGCCUCAAAGGGAAAACAGAUAGUUAUGUUUUUGGACUAUGAUGGCACACUCUCUCCGAUAGUCGAUGACCCCGAUAAGGCUUUCAUGUCUGAUGCGAUGAGACAAACGGUGCGAAAACUGGCAGGAUGUUUUCCGACUGCUAUUGUGAGUGGGAGGUGCAGAGACAAGGUUUAUAGUUUCGUACGGUUAGCAGAGUUGUACUAUGCCGGAAGCCAUGGCAUGGACAUUAAAGGACCGGCAAAAGGCUCCAAAUACAAGAAAGGUAGUCGUGCUGUUCUGUUCCAACCCGCAAGCGAGUUUCUUCCGAUGAUCGACGAGGUUUACAAACAUUUGGUGGAGAAAACUAAAUCAACUCCAGGGGCUAAAGUGGAGAAUAACAAGUUCUGCGUCUCUGUUCAUUUUCGACGUGUGGAGGAAAAGAAAUGGAAUGAACUGUUCCAACAAGUUAAAUCCGUCCUAAAAGAGUACCCAGAACUUCGACUUACCCAAGGACGAAAGGUGCUAGAAAUUCGUCCUACUAUUAAAUGGGACAAGGGGAAGGCUCUUGAAUUUUUGUUAGAGUCUCUUGGAUUUGCCAACUGUAGCGACGUUUUUCCUGUUUACAUUGGAGAUGAUCGGACAGAUGAAGAUGCAUUCAAGAUAUUAAGAGAGAAAGGACAAGGUUUUGGCAUUCUUGUCUCUAAGUUCCCAAAAGAAACCUGCGCAUCUUAUUCUUUGCAAGAACCAGACGAGGUUAGGGACUUCUUGCAACGCUUGGUUCAGUGGAAACGACCGUCAGUACUUGGAGGACAGUCGAAGGUGUAAAGUGAUUAUAAUAAGAUGGAAUAUAUCUCCGCCACACUUCCAGAAUACAAGGGUGGAAAGAGUUCAUGUAGUUUCUUGUUCAGGGUAGCUAGAGAGAGGCAAAAAAAACAGAGGAGAGAAAAAUGGGCAAGUGAAGGGAGAGAACGUAAGUGCUGUGACCUUUGCUUGUUUUGAAGGCCUUGUCCAUCUUGUAACUACCUUUGUAUUAGGGGAAAAAGAAGUGUAACUAGUUUCUCCAAAUGCAUAGAAAUUUUACUCUCUCGAUUGAAUAUGUUUUUCUAAGAUAUAAUGGGAUCGAUAAUGCAGGAUUAAUGUUUGAUCUUA